CCCAAAAAGUUUUACAGGUAUUAUUUUAUACCAUAACAGCCAUUAUACCCCAUAGCAUAGCUCUGUCCUCUGCCUAGAGUCAAUUGGGGGAGAUCAAUCAAUCUUUUCAAUUCAUUCAUCCAAACGACAAACAUGUUGCAGUGCAUAUUUCUUCUCUCCGAUUCCGGAGAGGUCAUGUUAGAGAAGCAGUUGACUGGACACCGUGUUGAUCGAUCAAUCUGUGCUUGGUUUUGGGAGCAAUCGGUCUCUCAGCCUGAUUCCCUCAAGGUUUUGCCAGUGAUUGCUUCCCCAACGCAUUACCUUUUCCAAAUUGUACGUGAGGGGAUCACGUUUUUGGCCUGUACUCAAGUUGAAAUGCCACCAUUGAUGGGGAUUGAGUUUCUUUGCAGAGUAGCUGAUGUCCUCUCAGAUUAUCUUGGAGGGUUGAAUGAAGAUGUUAUAAAGGACAAUUUUGUUAUUGUAUAUGAGCUAUUGGACGAAAUGAUAGACAAUGGGUUCCCUCUAACUACCGAACCAAACAUUCUGAGGGAUAUGAUCGCUCCUCCAAACAUCGUUAGCAAAAUGUUGAGUGUUGUCACCGGUAACACUUCCAAUGUGAGCGACACCCUUCCUGGUGCCACGUCAUCAUGCGUUCCAUGGAGGACAACACAAUUGAAGCAUGCAAACAAUGAUGUGUAUGUCAAUCUUGUCGAGGAGAUGGAUGCUAUUAUAAACAGCGAUGGAGUGUUGGUGAAGUGCGAGAUAUUUGGAGUGGUGGAGGUGAAUUGUCACCUUUCAGGCAUUCCGGAUUUGACUCUUUCUUUCGCAAACCCUUCGAUUUUGAAUGACGUGCAGUUUCAUCCUUGUGUGCGGUUUCGACCCUGGGAAUCAGAACAAAUACUCUCGUUUGUACCUCCAGACGGACUGUUUAAGCUCAUGAGUUACCGGGUGAAGAAGUUAAAGAAUACUCCUGUAUAUGUAAAGCCUCAGAUUAGUUCAGAGUCGGGUACGUGUCGUCUUAGUGUGAUGGUUGGGAUUCGGAAUGAUCCUGGAAAAGUGGUUGACUCGUUAGUGGUGCAGUUCCGACUCCCUAAUAGUGUAUCAUCAGCCAAUCUCACUGCAAACCAUGGAACAGUAAAUAUCCUUGCUGAUAAGACGUGUAGUUGGUCUAUUGGACGGAUCCCGAAAGACAAAGCCCCACAAAUGUCCGGAACAUUGGUGCUUGAAGAAGGCAUAGAACAGCUUCAGGUAAAGCCUACCUUUCAAGUAGGCUUCAAAAUCAUGGGGGUGGCUCUGUCUGGCUUGAAAUUAAAUAAGCUGGAUUUGAAGAAUCUACCUGCACCCGCUCACAAAGGCUUUCGAGCUCAAACCGAAGCAGGUCAAUAUGAAGUUAGAUCAUAGUUUUGAUUUACGGCCUCCAACGUUUCAUUUGCCUUCAGGUAUUCACUCAAUGUCGAAGCACGAAAUGCGGGUCCUGUUUUCUUAUUUGACAUUUUACAUUUGGAAGUAAAAACAUGGUUUGGGUUUUGUUGUAGCUUUGAUUUUCAAAGUACAUCAUGUGUAACACCCGAUUUUAGGGGUCGGUAAUUUUUAUUAAUUUAAUUAAAUUUGAAAUGUGUGCAUA